AUGAUUCCAAAAAUCUUGCUCCUUUGUGUUAUAUUUCUCCACUUCUCCCAAGCCAUAAUAAUCUAUCCACGUGGCACUUUCAAAAUUGUCUUGGACAACAAAAAUGAGGUUUAUGCUGCCGGAGAUGAUGUAAAGGGAAAUCUAGUUCUCACAACUCCCGGAAAUUCAGUAAUCAAUAAUGUUGCUUUGAGAUUUGUGGGAGAAGCCUACGCUCAAGCCACGUAUGGAGAGAAAUUUGGAAGUUAUCGCUCAGAUGUUCCAACAUUUUUCAAUGAAUCGAAGAUCUUUGUGAAUCAACAACUUCUAGACAAAAGCAAGGAAUUCAAAUAUCCAUUCUCAUUCAAAAUUCCUGCCAAUUCUCUAACUUCUGCUGAAGCUUUUCCAGCAAAAAUCAGAUAUGGAUUAGAACUUAUAAUCGGAGGAACAGAUGAUGAGAUCGAGAUUCCAGUACGGUAUUUGAUCACUGUUAUAAAUGGCAUCGAUCUUUCAAAAUCUGAUGAAUAUUCGAAGGCCGCCUCUUGUCAAGCUUCAGAUUUUGGGGUGAAUAUCAAGGCGACAAUUGAAAAAACUGGAUUUGUUGAUGGCGAAAAUAUUCCAGUCAAAGUAGAAAUUGAUAAUCAAUCAAAUGACAAAACUGAUUAUGUGAGUUUAAGAGAAAUUUUCGGGCUUAAAGAAUUCAAGAGCUUUUUUAGAUUCACGCAAAACUCGUUGUCAAUAAGACAAGUAUUUCGAAGAAGAAUGGAAAGACUUUCAAAUUCGGAGAUGCUGCUCCAAUUCCAGAAGAUUCGCGGGAAAUUCGAACUAGAGAAUAUGACACUACUUUUAAACUUGAUAUGGUGAGUUGAUCAACUUGUUAGAGUUAAAUGAAUUUAUAGGCCGCACUUUCUUCCACAAAAAAAUUAAAGGGGGGGUAAGACGACAAAAUUUUAUUUGCUCAACGAAUCGGGCUCCCUUUGAAUAGUAAAAGCCCCAGGGGAUUUUUUCUCGAAAGGCCUAAAAAGGUCCGAAAAAAAUAUUCCAUGAACUUUUUUCAACGUAUAGCUAUACGUUGUCCGAAAGUUUAUGGAAUAAAUUCAACGUAUAGCUAUACGUGGUACCUAGUUUAUGGAACAUUUUUUCUGGACGUUUCCAGAAAAAAUCCCUUGGAGGUUUUACUACUUUUGGGGAGCCUUUAACUUUGCAACAAAAAAAUUUUGUCGUCUUACCCCCCCUUUAAGAAAAGUUUGCCGCUGCGCGGAACUGUCUUUUCCAGUCUUCAGAUUUUUAUCAGAUAUUUCUGAAUCAGACUUGGAAAUUCGAGCGAAGCGAGUGUGAACCGCAAGCUUCCGCUUUAGCGGCCACGCGGAUUAAUAUGACGUUUGCCAUAUCAUAGUAAACCACGUAGCCGCUAAAGCGGAAGCUUCCGGUUUACAUUCGCGCUUGAGGCGCUCGAUCAAAAUUUGGACAUAGCUUCCGCAUCUCCGCUGAAAUUCCAAUAAAAAUCUGAAGAAUACUAGAAUUUUCAGACAAAUUAUUUGUCUGAAAAUUCCAGUUUUCAGAUUUUUAUCAGACAUUUCCGAAUCAGACUUGGAAAUUCGAGCGAAGCGAGUGUAGACCGCAAGCUUCCGCGCAGCGGCCACGCGGAUUAAUAUGACGUUUGCCAUAUCAUAGUAAGCCACGUGGGCCGCUAAAGCGGAAGAUCGUGCCGCUUCGCGGAAGCUUCCGGUUUACAUUCGCGCUUGAGGCGCUCGAUCAAAAUUUGGACAUAGCUUCCGCAUCUCCGCUGAAAUUCCAAUAAAAAUCUGAAGAAUGCUAGAAUUUUCAGACAAAUUAUUUGUCUGAAAAUUCCAGUUUUCAGAUUUUUAUCAGACAUUUCCGAAUCAGACUUGGAAAUUUUGUUCGAGCGAAGCGAGUGUAGACCGCAAGCUUCCGCGCAGCGGCCACGCGGAUUAAUAUGACGUUUGCCAUAUCAUAGUAAAUCACGUGGCCGCUAAAGCGGAAGAUAGUGCCGCUGCGCGGAAGCUUGUGGUCAUUCCGCUCAAACCAGAACCCCUUCUAUUUCCAGAUCUCAGUCCCCCCAAAAUCCAAAGGCACCUUCACAUUGCUCGCCAAAAACUUCGAGCCAACAAUUCCAUCCUAUGCUCCAAAAACCCUUCCACCAUUCCUCAAAAUCAAUCAUCGCUUCGAAAUUAUCGUGAAAAGUGCGAACAAGAAGAAUACAAUCAGUUGCUCGAUUCCAGUUACAAUUGGAGUUGUGCCAACUAAAGAUGUUAAGAGCAAAAGUGAGUAGUAGAACGAAAAAUGUUCUGGGGAUAUUCUGAUGAAUAUUUUUGCAGAACCUUCUGAAUAUCUUGGCGAUGGAAAGGAUGUUUUGAUCAACAGUUGGGAACAUGUUCAAGAAGGAUUCAAGCCGAAAUAUCCGAAAUUCAAAUUUUAA